AUGGCCCAAAAAGCAACCAAGAACCUCGCCGCGAGCAACACGUCCCGCCUAAACACCACCCUCUACCUGACCCUGGGGUUCCACACCCUUUUCUGGGUCCUCCGCCUGCUCUUCGGCCCUCUAAGCCGCCGCUCCCUGGUCCUCUACGUCCUGCUCUCCGCACCCCAAGCUCUCAUAAAUUUCUCCUUCGAGCGCUCCUCCCGUCCCACCAUCAACGCCAAUGGCGCAGUCGCGCGCCCCGGCGACGAUCUCUCCGCCGCAGGUCUUACGGAAUACCUCUGGGACGUGACGUACUGGACCUACUUUUGCAUAUUGUUGGCUGCGCUGCUUGGCGACAAGGGGUGGUGGGCGUACGUGGUCAUCCCCGCGUACAGUGUCUAUGCCGCAUGGACGACGUAUACAGGCAUGAGGGGCGGAUAUCAGGAUGCCGCGGGGGUGCAGCAGCCCGCCGUUGCGAGUAAGAGACAGGCAAAGAUGGAGAAGAGAGGAGGGCAGAAGGUGGCCUACCGCUGAACGCGAUAGACUGACCUGAGCAAAAGUUGGAUGAAUCUGGGUCGCUUCAUGUAAAGGGAGAUAAUGUGGUGGC